AUAUUUUAAAAAUUUGUUGACUAUGGGUUAUUAAUAUAAUUAUUUAAUAUAAAAAGAUGAAUAUUUCGUUUGAGUCACAUAGCACAAUUUUGAGUUCAGAACCACUUUGUGUUCUAACUCAAAAGUUAUCGGAAUCAACACAAGAUAAUGAUAUAAAAAAUAUUAUUAAUUCAAUGUUCAAUUUAUAUAGUGAGUCACAGGAUCCUAUAAAGAGUGAAGCCAGAAUUGUUAUAAUAGAAUUGUUUACAAAAUACAAUGGAAAGAAAAAUGUUAAAAAGUAUCUUCAGGAAAAAAUAAGUAAAUUAAAUGUAGUUAAUUUUGCUAUAGAGGGAAUAAAAGACUUGACAGCUCAAAUUGAAAAUGAAAAAAAAUGUAACAUGAAGCAAUUUUCUCAUGUUCAACAUUUUUUAUAUAUAAUUUCCAAUUUACAAAAAAGCAAUGAUUAUACUUUAAAUCAGCUUCUCCCAUUGUAUAAUUUAAUUUUGAGUGGAUAUGUUCAUCAAAUUGGAUUAAAAUAUCCAAAUGUAGCUAGCUAUGAAGAGUUAAUUUUACUUAUUAACUCUAUACUAAAACAAAUAUUAUCAGGAUUAGCUAAAAAUGAUAACUUCAAGAGCAAUGUGGCACAGAAUUAUUCAUUCAAUUUUAUAAAACAGUGUUAUGAUAUCUUAAAAUAUGACAAUUUAGGAUAUGAUAUUAAAACUAAAUGUGGCCUAAUGUUGGUAAAUCUAUUAAUGAUAUUACCUGAAUCUGAAGUAGAACAUUUUGAAUAUAAUGACUGUCCAGUUUUGGACCUAAUUAAAAAUUCUAACUGCAAAAUAUGGUUUACUCUUAAAAACUGUAGCUUUGAUAAUAUCUUUAAUGAAAACAAUAAAGUAGUUAUUUAUUCAGCAGUAUUUAAUGCAAUACCUUCUAAUAAAUUACUAAAUAUAAAAAUCAGUGAUAAGGAUUUGGUUACAAUUCUUUAUGAAGAACUGGUGUCUUGUGCUAAGAGAGCUACAACAAAUCCUCCACAGAUAGUAGAAGUCAGUAGAAUUUUAAGCAUGAUUGGCAAACAUUUAAAAUCUUUACCUGUUGAUAAAGUAAAGGGAUUGUUUAUAUUAGGUUUGCAACAUGUUUGGUCACAUGUUGAUCAUUUUGUAGAUACUGUUAGACAAUAUAUAAAGAUUAUUUCUGCUGAUCUUGUUGCUCUUUCAGCAUUUCACUCAAAAAAUGGUCACAAUGAAUGUUUAGAUAUUCUCCUUGAGAAUAUGCAUUCCUCUUCAGAAGAAAGUGCAGCAUGGUUUGUUAUAAUAGAACAGAUAGGAAUUUAUUAUGGCUGUAAUUUUUUAUUAGAAACUUACAAUAAACUACCUAGUAAAUUAAUUAAAUUAUUAGGUGACAUCACCUUACAAGAUAAUGUUUGCAAAACUUAUUCAUUGUUUUUGGAAUUACACUACAAAGAAACAGAUGAAGAAACUUUCUAUAAAAUUUGGAUUCUUCCCAUUGCCAAACAUCUCAAAGAGAAGUCUGAAAAUACAGUAUCCUAUCAGAAUAUAAUAACAUCUGGUUUUAAAGUAUGCCCAACUAUAAUUAAUAAAAUUUUUCCACCAGGAAAAAACCUUAGUGUGGAAGAGCAUGGUGUUCUACUAAAAUGUUUAAAACUUGCAAGAAACGCACGAAUUGUAAUUCCGCAAGAAGACAACAGAAAUUAUUGGAGGGGAUUGGUUGAGAAAAAUAAAUUAGAAAUGUAUAAAUGGCACCAAGAUGAUGAGAUACGAAUUUCGGCACUAGCACUCAUUGUAGACAGCCAAAAAAGUACUGAGCUAUUUUUGGAGUGGGAGUUUGAAUAUUUAUUGAGCUAUUUGACUUAUAACAUAACUUCACAAGUGCCUAACAUCAGAAAACAACUUAUAACGCAUUAUAAAAAUGCGCUGUUACGUUAUGAUGCAAGUUAUAACGUUAUUCUGCGAAAUUUGAAAAAAGUUACAGAUAAUGAAGAAUAUAAAAUAAUAGUUGAUUAUUAUAAUAAUUUUAUAAAAUCAUUUGCAAAACUGCUAAUUAGUAAUUUAACAGUAGAUGCAAAUUAUUCUAGACGUUCAGCAUCACUUGAACUUCUUUCAAUAGUGGAACCAUAUUUGAAGGAACAUUGGAUACAUUGUUGGAGAAAAGAAGAUGUAUUAAAUUGUCAGAAUAUUUUGUAUGAUAGUUAUGAAUCUAAUAAAAAAAUGGCUUUAUCAAUUCUGCUUAAAUUACCACCGGAAUUGAUGGGAUUUGACGAUUUACAGGUUUCGGAAACAUAUGUUCAUAACUGUAUUAAAAUGGCUUGUGAUAUUAAACCCAGCAAUACUUUGUCAGCUGUCUAUAUGUUGCAAUUAUCGGUUAUUUCUCCACAUUUUUAUGAUAUUAUGAGCCGUUAUUCUGUUUAUAAACGCAGCAAUUUGAAUGAUGUAUAUUUCCUUACACUGACUGUUUUGUCUGAGCUUUUGUUAACUCAGUCUAAUGUGGAAAUUGAUGUGGGAGACCUAACAAAUUCUUUAUAUGGCAUUAUAUUAAGCCUAAGAUACUUAUUAGAGAGACGAAAAAUAAAUGAUAACAACACAGAAUAUGCAGUGUUGUUUAAAGAUUUAAUAGACACCUGCUUUAAAAUCAAAGAGCAUAUUAUGCCAAUAGUUUGUAAUCCUUCACCUGAAGGAUAUCUACCUGAAAAUGCAAAAAUUUUCAAAACUGAUGAAUCAGCAAUUGCUCAAAUGGUACUAGUUUAUGCAUGGAGAACUAUGAAAGAAAUGACUUUGUUAUUAGCCGAAAUCGUUCGUCAAUCCGUAAAACUGGAAGAAAGGACUACAAUGGUUUCACAGGAUUUAUUAAUUAGUAUUGGACAGUUUUUUAUUGAUAUAUUUAUAGAAAGCAAACACAGGGGCGUGUUUGAACAAGCGUACGUUGGAUUUUCGAUUGUAUCUCAGGCAUUUUGGGAGUCAAGGAAUCAAACUCUUUCAAGUUUGCCUUCACAGUGGCUGAAAAACGUAUUAGAUCUUUGCACAGGAACAAAACUUUCCAAUAAGUUAUGCGCCACUAGACGUAGUGCAGGAUUACCUUUUAUGAUUUUGUCCAUUUUAACUACAGACCUAUCAUAUGAUAAAAUAUGUUUUCAUGAUACCAUACAGUCCUUAUUGAAGUGUUGUAAAAAUACAAGCUCUGAGAACGACGAAUUUCGCAUGCAUUCUCUGAACAUUUUAAGAGCGUUGUUCAGACACAGUAAAUUAGGAGAAAUGGUGUCAAUGUAUGUAGGACAGACCAUGGUGGUUUCAAUUACUGGAUUUAAAAGCCCUUCUUGGGGUAUAAGAAAUUCAUCCACACUGUUGUAUUCAGCACUCAUGACAAGAAUGUUUGGAGUGCAAAGAACUCAAGACUCAGUUGAUUUAAGCAUGAAAAACAGAUUGACUGUUAGAGUAUUUUUCAUGAGGUAUCCAGAACUGUUUCAGUUUUUAUUCAAGUCACUGAGUGAAGAAUGUGAUAGAUCAGACAGUCUUAUUUUACAUCCAAUUUUAAUGAUCCUAGCAAGAUUGUAUCCUUCACAUAUUGAGGAAUAUAGCGCACAGAGUGAUGCAUAUCUCCCUUUUUUGUCAAUUUGUUUGGCAAAUCCUCUUUAUAGAACUCGUGAAUUAGCUGCCAGAGCAUCAGUUCCUCUAAUUCCAAAAGAAAAUCUUAAAGGCAUAUUUGAAAAUUGUUUUAAUAGUAUAUCAGAGCAGGAGAAGGACAAUUUGUGCAGUGGCAAAUUAUUACAGGUGUUAUAUUUAAUAAAAUCGAACAGUAUACCAAUGGACCUUAAUAUAGCAAAAUGUAUAAAUGAUUCUUUAAAAAUAUUUGAAAAUACUGGUACAAUACAUUCCCAUUUAACGCUUUUAUUGUAUGUGGAAGUUAUAACAUUCAUGAUAAUAAGAUUUAAGCAAUUCAGAGAUGACGUUUUAUUUAAAAAAUUGGUAAGCUUAAUCACCAACUAUCAUUUAGAAAGUUCUUGUCCAAUUACUGUUCAAUCACCAUUGAUUCAAGCAGAAAUGGGAUUACUGACUGUGUUGUUGUUGGACAAAUUAGAUGACAAAAGCUAUGAUAUACUGAAAUUAAACCUAAAUCAUUAUUUGAAUGGGAAGGAUAAUAAAAUGAAAUGUUAUGCUUUAAAUUUCUUAAUAUAUGCAAAUAUGAAAUUUUACAAUCACAUCCCUCCACAUCCGAUAUUAGAAACAGAAGAAAUUGAAAUUCCAGAAAAUGUAACUUCCAUCAUAAACGCUCUUGAAAGGAAAAAUAUAGGACUUUUGCUACGUUCCUGUCAUGAUUGUAUUUUAAAUUUCUACAAGCAACAAGCGUGGAUGUUUAAAUUCAAAAACAAUUAUACAGAUAUUUUACUAUUUUUAUUGUUAUGUUUUUAUCCUUGUAUAUUGAAAAACUUAAACCAGGACACACAAAAGACAUUAGAUUUAUUCGUUGAUAUUUGUAAAGAUGCUGAUAAGGAUUUGGCCAGUGUAGUAAUUAGUUGUGUAACUACUUUGCUAUCUUCAAUAAAUGAUAAAGAUUUAGCGGAAUUGAGUUUCAAAGGACUUAUCGCAGUAUUAAUGGAGUUAGCAUCUCCAGCUGCACCAGAUUAUGGGAGACUGGUAGUAGGAAACUUUUUCGCUAAAAUGAAUACGUUGAUUCUUGAUAAGGAGGCUCCUAUCUUACAAGGUGCUGAUCUUAUAAAUGUGUUGAAUAUAUGUAUGAUUCUAUUAGAAGAUGACGACGCAGAUGUAAGAAACUCCUUAAGUACCUUGUUUGUGAGGACAGCGUUUGGAAGUAAAAUUUCGACCCAUUCCAAUUUAGUAAUACCCGAAAGGAUUAAAGAAAGCUUAUUAAAUACCUGCACGAAAAUUUUACCUAAACGUGAAGCUAUAAACUUUUUAUUUUCGUGGUCUUGUAGGCAUUUUCCAGACCAUAGCAAUGAUGUUUCUGCGAUUUUUGAAAGAGGAGAAUUAAAUUUAUUUGCUGAAAACAUUUUUACUGCAAAUAUCAGUUCCCAAUUGCUUAUUAAUCUAUUAUAUGAUACGAAACAGAAUACCUCUGGAAUUCAGAAUUUAAAAAAUAUAACAGAUUCAUUAUUGAAGUCACUGAAAGAAUGUGAGGGCCCAAUGAUGGAUAACUGUUCAAGAAAAUUAAUAAUUAAUAGUUUAGAUAUGAUACUAAUGUUUCAUUUAGAGGAUAAUGAAACUGACAAAUUUAAAGAUAGGUUUAAUAACUAUUUUAACAAUAAUGUUUUAAAAUAUUUGAAGGACAAUAUAAAGAAUAAUGAUUAUUAUUUGAUUAAAAACAUAUUGAUAAAAAUAUAUAAAAUCAUAGAUUUGUAAAAUAAUUUAUGACAUAAAUUGUAGCAUUGGUAUGUUGAAAUAAAUUAUUUUUUAAA